AUGGCAAAAUAUCAGCAAUUGUCGAAGGUUAAUUGUGCUCUGUUUUUAUUUUUUAUGGCUUCUGCUGAAGUUGAUAUGUUAUCUCAUGUUUCUAGUUCAUCAGUUACUCAAUCAGUUGGAAUUAUUAUUAAUGAACCAUCAAGUUCUUCUAUUGGUACUCCUAGAGUGUUUACUUCAUUGAGUCCUGGUGGUACUAGAGAAUGGAUUCCCUCUUGUUCCGAGGAGUUAAAACCUAUUGUCGGAAUGAAUUUUAAAGAUCCCGAGGAAGGUUUAUCCUUUUAUAAAGCUUAUGCUACUGCUUCAGGUUUCACUUCUAGAAAAAUUACUACUACAAGAAGGAAGAAGACUGGUGUAAUGGCGUUCCAGUAUGUUGUAUGUAAUAAAGAAGGUUUUAAGGCGUCUCGUAAGCCUGUUGUGGAAGCUGUUGAAGAUAAAUCAGACAAGGCUCGUUCUACACGAAGGCGAAUGCUUACUCGUGUUGGUUGUGCUCAAAUGUGUAUGAAAAACAUUAAUGGAUCAUAUGUUGUGACAUACUUCAAAGAAGAACAUAAUCAUCCUCUAUACACUCCUGGUUGUGCCAAAUUUCAUAAGCAUGGGAGGAAAAUGAGUAUUUUGCAUAAGAAGAUUAUUAUUGAUAAUUCAAAGGUUAACAUUGGUCCAGUGAAGUCUUUUAGAAUAAUGAAGGAGUUAACUGGAUCAUAUGACAAUGUUGGUGCAUCUAAGCAAGAUUUCAAAAAAUUUCAGAGAGAUUUGAAGGCAUUAAUUGAAGGAUCUGAUGCACAAAUGUUUAUCAAUAAUUUUCAGAAUAAAAAGUUAUUAUGGAGUGCGUUUUUUUAUGAUUAUGAGUUAGAUGAAGAAGAUCAACUCUGUAGAGCUUUUUGGGCAGAUCCUAUUUGUAGAAAGAAUUAUGCUCUUUUUGGAGAUAUGGUUUCAUUUGAUACUACCUUUUCAACAAAUAGGUACAAUAUGAUAUUUGGGCCGUUUACUGGAGUUGAUCACCAUAAAAAGUGUAUUACCUUUGCUGCUGCUCUUAUAUCUAAUGAGGAUAUAGUGUCUUUUGAGUGGGUUUUUAAAACAUUUGUGAAGGCAAUGGGAGGUAAUGAGCCUCUCUGUUUGAUUACUGAUGAAGAUCCUGCAAUGAAAGUUGCCUUUCCCAAAGUCUUUCGUUCUACAGAGCAUCGGUUUUGCAUGUGGCAUAUUAUGAAAAAGAUGCCUGAUAAAGUGUGUCGUGAUCUUCCACCAGAUUCUGACUUUCUACAAAAGAUUUGCAAAGCUGUUUGGAGUGAAGAGAUUGAACCGUCUGAGUUUGAAGAGAGGUGGGCUAAGGUUAUUAGUGAAUUUAAGUUGGAAAACCAUGACUGGUUGUUGCAAAUUUAUGAGAAGCGUGAAAUGUGGAUUCCGGCUUAUUUUAGGGAUUUAUUUUUGUGUGGUAUUAUGCGAACCACAUCAAGGUCAGAGAGUGAGAAUAACUUUUAUACUAAGUUUACUAAUCCACAUCUUACCCUUGUUGAGUUUUACAUGAGAUUCGAAAGUGCUUUGGAUGCUCAACGCCAUACUCAAGGUGAAAAUGAUAAUUCUUCUAAACAUAAACAUCCUGAAUGCAAAACACGUUCUGCCAUAGAGAAAUUUGCUUCUGAAGUUUACACGACAACUGUUUUUUAUGAGUUUCAAGACGAGGUUGAAUCAACUCUUUUCUCUUGCAUUUGUUUAUGCAAGUCAUUUGAAAGGCAAGGGAUUCCUUCUAGGCAUAUGGUUUGGGUUUGGAAGGCAAAACAUAUUCAAAAAAUUCCCGAUGCUUAUGUGCUUAACCGGUGGAGUAUAAUGGCAUGUAAGAAGCCGAUUUUUGAUUUAGAAGGGAAUGAGUUGGAGCAAUGUGUUCAAGAUGUAGAUAGGAAGAGAUUGUUGAAUGAUUUGUGGAGUGAAAUUCAUUCUUGUGUGAGUUUGGCUCAAGGGAAUGAAUUGACACUAAGUGCUCUUGUGGAUAAUCUACGAUCAUUGAGGUUAGAUUUGGAAUCUCAAAGUAGUAUUGUUGAUGGAUUGAGUGGUAGUGUUUCUAGCAAAGCUCAAGAUAUUGAAUUGCUUAUUGGAGCUAGUGUUCCUAGUGAAAUUUUGAUCAAACCGCCUAAAGUAUCAAAGAACAAAGGAACCGGGGUUCAUGUUCAAGGUAGUGGAAGUGAUAAACGGUUGAAGAGUGAUAAAGAAAAAGCUAUUGAACAAAGUCAAAAGAAGAAGAGGUUGUGUAAAGGUUGUAAGAAGUUGGGUUACCAUGAUAUUCGUAAUUGUCCCGAAAAACAAAAGUAA